UGGUGGAAGGUGUGGCGCUUUUGGUACCUUAUAGUUUGAUUUUAAUAUUCUUUUAAUCGAAUUUGUAGUACUAUUCGAUAAUAACAGUUCCUUUCAAUUUUGGAAUAUAUUAAAACGCGAUUAUAUUUAAAUUAUAGUUGGGCAGUGCGGCUGGUAUUUAUUAAUGGGGAAUUAGAAAAAGUAUUUGAAUUUUUAUUUGACAGUAAGGCUGUAAAAUCACGAUCGAAAUAAAUAUACUUUCAACGCUCAGCCAUGGCUUACAGAAAUGGAUAUUCACGAGAUGACAGAAAUCUGGAUAGGGACAGGGAUCCAAGGAAUGAUGUGAAGCCUCCAGUUCAUAUUAUUGAACAUUUGGCAACAUUUAGCGUGUCUCGCAAUACUGGAAUCCUUUAUCCAAUUGAUGGAAUGCGUAAACUGCGCCAAAUGGAACAAACCAAUGGUAUAUGGUCGCAGAAAAUGCAGAUUUGCUUAGAUCACCCUUGGGUUUUAAUCUUAGAUGAAUCUGGGAGCCUGGUUGAAAGAUUUCCAGUUGAUAGCAUUGAAGAUCCUACGGCCUUUAUGAGCCAGGAUCCCAUGGACAUGUACAAUAAUAUCUUGGUGUUCAUUAUUGCUGAUUCAAGUCAAUCUUCACCCGCCGAAAUGCAAAUGCAUAUAUUUCAGUGCCAAAGUAUUUCUGCUCAAGAUUUGGUUGAAGAUUUGAAACAGCUAAGAAUGGGAAAAGCGUUCACUAGAAGUCGAAAAAGUAGUAUACCACCCCCCGCCCACAAACCACCACAGCAUAUUGUCAGCCCUUCACGUGACCACAGCAGAGAUUACCUGAUGCAUCAAAGAUCUGAUUCGGAACUGACGGAAAACAACGAUGACUCUAGUUCAACAACCAGCGAAAAAUAUGAAAGAGACGUAACAAUAUUGAAUCACUGUUUUGAUGAUAUCGAGAAAUUCAUCGCUAGGCUUCAGCAUGCUGCUGCGGCUAAAAGAGAGCUUGACAGAAAGAAAAAAACGAGGAAAACCAAAAAGCGAGACAUGGGUGAUGGUAUGUUGACCAUGAGAGCUAAACCACCACCAGAAAAAGAGUUUAUUGAUAUAUUUCAAAAGUUUAAAUUAUCGUUCAAUCUUCUAGCCAAAUUAAAAGCCCACAUUCAUGACCCGAAUGCUCCAGAAUUAGUACAUUUUCUUUUCACACCUCUGGCACUAAUUGUGGAAGCCUCGCAUGACUUCUACUUCGAACAGCACAUCCCCCAAAACGUAACCGCACCCUUACUGACCCACGAAGCCAUUAAUCUGCUUAUGAAUUGCGUCACGAGCAAGGAAACAGAACUAUGGCAUUCUCUGGGAAACGCCUGGAUUAUGCCUAGAGAUCAGUACAGUGGACACGUGCCAUCCUAUCAUCCGGUGUUCAUGGAUGGAUGGUCUCCAGAGUAUCCAGUAGACGAUCCUGACCUUAAUGAUAAACCCUAUCCGUUGGAUGUUAAAGAUGAUGACUCCGACAAUCACUUUAUGCCGCCUGUUGGAGAAAGCACGGCUAAAAGUGACAUUUCUCUCGACUCGAUUGAAUUGAAAGGAGAAGAAAAAGGAUUUGGUUAUGGACAAGAGAGAUUUUUAGAAGACCUGCAAAAUCGAGGAGCUCAUAUCGUGCAAGUUACUUAUCCAAGAACCGCUAACAACGAUAAAGAACUAACUGUUGUUAGAGGAGAAUUUCUAGAGAUAUUAGAUAGUAGCCGAAAAUGGUGGAAAGCAAGGAACAGCAAAGGACAGAUAGCUCAUGUACCAAAUACUAUUGUUACUCAAUAUCAUUCCAGCAAUGUAAGCCCGCUUCAUAGAAAUCCACAUAUAGAGGACUCUCCACCGGUACGUUAUCCUGGUCAAAGUUCAAGCAAUGAUCACAGAGUUCAGCCGAAACCGGCAGAAUUCAUCAUGAACGACAGAAUAGGUAAGAAAGUAGAGCGCAAACAAGCACAACCUGUUUCGGUACCUGUUCCUCCACCUCCUCCUCCUCAAGUACCCGCGCCACCCCCUCCUCCCCCUCCAGUAGGUGACAUGUCACAACCAGCAACCCUCAAGAGAACGGUGUCACGUCGUUCGAUAGCCUCAAACAUCUCUAUGAGCGAUGCCAUGCAAGAAGAGCUGAACAGCGUGUUGACUAUCGUAAGGGAGAAACAAAAACCCUCGCCCCUGAACAUCAAAACCACCCCAGAAACUUACAUCGAUUCAAAAUCAACCCCUAAGGAAGUGCAAGAAUGGAUCAGGUCCAAAGGUUUCAGUGAGAACAUAGUUAAAAGGUUCCAAGGGGUAGACGGUUACAGGCUGUUUGAAAUGACCAAACCUAUGUUCGAAAAAGUUUGUAAUCCUCUACUGGGAGCUAGGUUGCACUCUUACGUGCUCGUACAGAAGUCUGUUAGCAAAUUCCAAACCUUUAGAACAACAGAGCUACAACAAAUUCUUGCCAAAGCGAGGCAAAAGGUUGACCAACAAGAACCAACGACGGAGUUAUGAUAUAGAUAAUAUAAAUGCUUUUAAAAUGAUAUUUUAAUGUGUUACUAGUUUUAAAUAUUGUUAGUAUUCAAAUGUAUUUAGUCUGCAAAUAUUAAUAUUGGUUUAUGUCAUCAAAAAUAUGUAACAUAUUGUACGUAAGAGAUUAAAUUGUUAGCUUUAAUAAAUUAUUUAAAUCUAA